GAAAUGAGCCAUUUCUAAUACAUGAAAAAAUGAUUUUUUCAGGUACUUUGUACCAUUUGUUUUGGGGGCAGUGGAUAUGUGCUAUGGUAGAUUGUCCAAUGAUGGUUGACCGUGGCUGACAUGGAUAAAAAUAACCAAACGUUUGUCUCUGAAUUCCUUCUUUUGGGUCUUUCCGGAUACCCAAAGACUGAGGUCAUUUACUUUGUUAUUGUUCUGGUCAUGUAUCUAGUGAUUCUAACUGGCAAUGGUGUUCUGAUCAUAGCGAGCAUCUUUGAUUCCCAUCUUCACACGCCCAUGUAUUUCUUCCUGGGCAACCUGUCUUUCCUGGACAUCUGCUACACAACAUCUUCUGUUCCUUCAACACUGGUAAGCCUAAUUUCAAAGAAAAGAAACAUUUCUUUCUCCGGUUGUGCAGUGCAGAUGUUCUUUGGAUUUGCAAUGGGAUCAACAGAAUGCUUGCUUCUUGGCAUGAUGGCUUUUGAUCGCUACGUGGCCAUCUGCAACCCUCUGAGAUACUCCAUCAUCAUGAGCAGAGAAGUGUACAUAUCCAUGGCAUCUGCAUCAUGGUUCUCUGGUGGCAUCAAUUCAGUUGUGCAGACAUCCCUUGCCAUGCGGUUGCCUUUCUGUGGGAAUAAUGUUAUUAAUCAUUUUACAUGUGAGGUCUUAGCUGUCCUCAAGCUGGCAUGUGCUGAUAUAUCUCUCAAUAUCAUUACCAUGGUGAUAUCAAAUAUGGCCUUCCUGGUUCUUCCAAUACUAGUCAUCUUUUUCUCUUACCUGUUCAUCCUCCACACGAUCUUGAGAAUGAACUCAGCCACAGGGAGACGCAAGGCAUUUUCUACCUGCUCUGCCCACCUGACUGUGGUGGUCAUAUUUUAUGGAACCAUCUUCUCUAUGUAUGCAAAACCCAAGUCUCAAGAUCUGACUGGGGAAGAGAAGUUCCAAACUUCAGAUAAGAUCAUUUCUUUAUUUUAUGGAGUAGUUACCCCCAUGCUGAAUCCGAUCAUCUACAGCUUGAGGAAUAAGGAUGUUAAAGCUGCCAUAAAAUACAUACUGAAACGAAAGUGCAUUCCAUAAAGACGUCCGCAAACACAGGUUUUUGUGUUGCAGGCAUGA